GUUAAAUUAAAAUUAUGGUGAAAUUCUUGUGUACGUGCACAAGAAAAUUAUACAUCUUGCAAAGUGUAAAUAAUGGUUCUAGCUUCUGAUAUUUCUGAUUCCAUGGCUGAAACUGGGAGUGGUAUCACAAGUUCACGGCUUUUCUUCGUUCUAACCUUGAUCCUCCUCUUUCUCUUGGUCUUCCUGUAUUCCAACCACGGGAACGACACCGUUUCUCUCCUUUUACCUUCACAAUAUUCCCAUCGUCAUCAUCUUCACAGUACUUCUUAUCCGGCCACUGCUUCUCCCAUCAAAAAGGAGAUGAAGAAGAUAAAAAGGGAAGAAGAGAGUGGUUUGUUGAAGGUAGAAGAAGAGUUAGGAGAAGCGAGAAGGGCUAUUCGGAGAGCCAUACGAAUGAGGAAUUUCACUUCAUACCAACAUGAGACCUUCGUCCCCAGAGGAUGUAUUUACAGAAACGCUUACGCCUUUCAUCAGAGUCACAUUGAGAUGAUGAAGAGAUUCAAGGUGUGGACAUACAAAGAAGGCGAACCACCAUUGGUCCAUUCCGGGCCCAUGAGCUCAAUAUAUGGAAUAGAGGGACACUUCAUGGACGAGAUGGAGAGCAAGAAUAGCCCAUUUUCGGCCCAAAGGCCCAAUGAGGCCCAUGCAUUCAUGCUUCCCGUAAGUGUGGCCUACAUCGUUCAUUUCUUAUACAGGCCUCUGGUCUCCUACGCACGUGACCCGCUCAUGAGGAUCGUCACGGAUUACACCCACCUCAUCGCCCGCAGAUACCCCUACUGGAACAGAACCCUUGGCGCUGACCAUUUCAUUGUCUCUUGCCAUGACUGGGCUCCAGAUAUCUCAAAAGAGAAGUUGGGCAGAGAUCUCUACAAAAACCUCAUAAGAGUGCUCUGCAACGCCAACACCUCAGAAGGUUUCAUACCCAACAGAGACGUCUCUCUCCCUGAAAUCAACGUCCAAGGCUCCAUUCUCAACUCUCCCACCCCAACGCACCACCUUCGCAACCGCUCCAUCCUCGCCUUCUUUGCCGGCGGCGCUCACGGCGGCAUCAGACAAACCCUCCUCCACCAUUGGAAGGAUAAAGACGACCAAGUCCAAGUCCACGAGUACCUCCCUAAGGGCUCCGACUAUUACUCCUUCAUGAUUCGAGCCAAGUUCUGCUUGUGCCCUAGCGGCUACGAGGUGGCUAGCCCUAGGCUCGUCGAAGCCAUUAAUGCAGGCUGUGUGCCUGUGAUUGUUUCGGAUUAUUAUGAAUUGCCUUUCAGUGAUGUUCUUGAUUGGACAAAGUUUUCAUUGCAUGUUCCGUCGGAGAAGAUACCGGAGAUCAAGAGAAUAUUGCAAGGCGUGUCGGAGAGGAGGUUCUUGAAGUUGCAGAAGAGGGUGGUGAAGGUGCAGAGACAUUUUCAGAUGCAUCGGCCGGCGAAGCCGUUUGAUGUGUUUCACAUGAUUCUUCACUCUAUUUGGCUUCGAAGGCUCAAUAUCAAGCUAUCAAGUUGACGCACAUCCUUAAUGAAUCUCAUUUUGUCAUUUAUUUUGGAUCUCCGUAUAGUUUUAAGUCUGCCUGAAGGAUGGGUUUGGACCGAGAAUCACACAGAAAAACUUGCUUAAAUGUGUGCUGGAAAUUUUUGUUGCCGGUAAUAGUUCCAAUCGAAAAAAAUGAUUAGACACUAUCAUAUUGUCAGCAAAUUAAAU